UUGCACAGCUUGCAAGGUGACCUUCACUGGAACAGUUUCAGUGAGAUCGAGAGUGGGACACUGGACUAUAGGCCACUAUCCGUAGUGUUGCACUUCGUCCUCCCCUUGGUCGUUGGUCCUCACCGGCGACAAGCCAACAAACCAAGCCAUGGGCUCCACGGAGCAGCACCAUGGCGCCGCCGAUGUCGUCAUCGCUGCGCCGCUGCUCCCCUCGCCAGCACCGGAGCCGCCGCGCCGGAACAUGUUCGCCUUCAUCUGCGCCACGCUCGCCUCCAUGACCACCAUCCUCAUGGGCUACAACCUCGCGCUGAUGAGCGGCGCGGAGCUGUUCAUGCGGGAGGACCUUGGGCUCACCGACGAGCAGGUCGAGGUGCUGUCGGGGUCCAUGAACGUGUUCAUGCUGGGCUCCAUCCUCGCCGCCGGCUGGGCCGCGGACGCCGUCGGCCGCCGCGGCACCAUCGUGCUCGCCAAUGCCUUCCUCAUCGCUGGCGCGCUCGCCAUGUCUCUGGGCGGCAGCUACGCCGCGCUCCAUGCCGCGCGGUCCGUCACCAGUGUAGGCGUCGGGUUCGCCGUCGUCGUGGCCCCGGUCUACGCCGCCGAGAUCGCGCCGGCGUCCACGCGCGGCAUGCUUUCCUCUCUGCCGGAGAUCUUCGUCAACGCCGGGAUCCUUCUUAGCUACGUCUCCAACUAUGCCUUGGCCGGCCUGCCGCCGCGUUUUGGCUGGCGCGCCAUGUUCGCCGCCGGCGUCGCGCCGCCCGUGCUGCUCGCCGCCGGCGUGCUCGCCAUGCCGGAAUCGCCUCGCUGGCUCGCCAUGCGCGGGCGCGACGCCGAGGCGCGCGUGGUGCUAUCUCGCACAUCGGACACGCCGGCCGAGGCUGACGACCGGCUCAGGGAGAUCAAGGACGCCAUCGCGGCGACGCAGGGCAAUGACGACGCCGGCGUUCGGAGGGACCUGCCGCUCUCGGGGCCAUCAUCGCCGACGACGAUCCGGCGGAUCUUCACCGACGUUCUUGCCCUCCAAUUCUUCCACCAGGCCUCCGGCAUCGACAUCAUCGUGUUGUACACACCGCUGGUGCUCAAGAAAGCAGGUAUCUCGUCGAACAGAUCCGUGCUCGCCGCCACCGUCGCCGUCGGCGUCGUCAAGACGGGUUUCAUCCUCGUGGCCACGCUCUUCUCCGAUCGUGUCGGCCGGCGGCCGCUCCUCCUCGUCAGCACGGCCGGCAUCGCCGUGUCGCUGACCUCGCUGGCGAUCACGCUGUUCGCCGCCAGCGUGACGACAGCCGCGAGCGUGCCGGCGGCGUGCGUCGCGUCCCUGGUGGCCUACGUCGCGGCGUUCUCGGUCGGCCUCGGCCCGCUGGCGCAGGCAUACAGCGCGGAGAUCCUGCCGCUCCGGCUGCGCGCGCGGGGCACUAGCCUGGGCACGGCGGUGAACCGGCUGACGUGUGGGGUCCUGAGCAUGACAUUCAUCUCCCUCGCCAACACCAUCAGCAUGCCCGGGUGCUUCUUCCUGUACGCCGGUGCGGCUGUGGCCGCGUGGGUGUUCGUGUAUGUGCGGCUCCCGGAGACGAGAGGACGGAGCUUGGAGGACAUGGACCAGCUGUUCUCCAAGUGAUCAUCAUCGACCAAUAAUGGGAUGGUGCGAGUCAGCUGCUACUGGUGGAUCGAUCUUACCGACGUUAGUGAUAGCAGUAUUAUUAUCACCACACUUCGUAUGAAGCUUUGCUACUCAAACAGAAAGUUUGUAUGAAGCUUUCCUACCGAUUCUCCUGAAUCCUGAUUUUCCAUACAUGUUCA